GCCCGCUCUGAUUGCUCCAGGCUUGUGCAGUUCGCUUGCUCUCCGAGGUGAGCCAGGUGAUUCGCUCAGGAUUUGACUUCCCCACUAGCCUCCAGUUGCCUGGACCUAAUUAGGAUGCUUUCUUCCAAAGAUUUGUCAGGAUUAGGUCCAGACUCAGGGCUCUGAGGGAGGUAGGAGCAGCAGAGGAACCAUGGGCUGGCAGUGAAGGCAGAUCAAAGUGGAGAAGCCUCUGCCCGGGCUGUGUGGGGAACGCGAGGAAUGGAGAGAACACUUGUGGGGAUGGGGCCUCUGACUUGCCUGCCAUGGGAAACUACUGGACUACUACUGGGAGAAAAGUGGGCUGCUGUGGGUGUUGGCUGUCGCCCUUUGAGGAGAACUAUCAAUGGGAGCUGCAAGUAUCCGAGAGAGCUGUGUGUACUAGGGAAGCGCAAACCACAGGGUUUUAAGUGAGUACCUAACACUUUUAAUAAGAGAGUGUCCACAAAAUGAAGUCCACAGAAACCUUAGUCAGAUGUCUUAUUUCUAACUGGAAGGUUGUCAGUUAAAAUUUCUUGGGACUACUACAGCUGCAAACUCCUUGCUUUUUUUUUCUUUUUCUUUUUCUCUUCUUUUUUUUAAAGUCCCUGUCCUGCAUCCUCCAGUCAGCCUGGGGAUGACAGAAUUCUCCCUGUGAUUGGGUACUGUGAGCAUGAAGAUGAGUCAGGGGAGUCUGUUCCCUUGAGGACUCCCAUCAGGAUCUCACUGGAGCCUCUCUAAUCCUUUGCAGGGCAAACUGAUAAUCUCUGUAACAGAGGGACCAAGUGCUGGGUGAAAUGGCCCAGGGGAAUAAUUAUGGACAGACCAGCAACGGGGUGGCAGACGAAUCACCCAACAUGUUGGUGUACAGAAAGAUGGAAGAUGUCAUAGCACGCAUGCAAGAUGAAAAAAAUGGAAUUCCCAUCCGUACCGUCAAAAGCUUCCUUUCCAAGAUACCUAGCGUCUUCUCUGGGUCAGACAUUGUUCAGUGGUUAAUAAAGAACUUAACUAUAGAGGAUCCAGUGGAGGCUCUCCAUUUGGGAACGCUAAUGGCUGCCCAUGGCUACUUCUUUCCCAUCUCAGAUCAUGUCCUCACACUCAAGGAUGAUGGCACCUUCUACCGAUUUCAAACACCCUAUUUUUGGCCAUCAAAUUGUUGGGAGCCAGAAAACACAGACUAUGCUGUUUACCUCUGCAAGAGAACAAUGCAAAACAAGGCAAGGCUAGAACUAGCAGAUUACGAAGCCGAGAGCCUGGCCAGGCUGCAGAGAGCGUUUGCCAGGAAGUGGGAGUUCAUUUUCAUGCAAGCAGAAGCACAAGCAAAAGUGGACAAGAAGAGAGACAAAAUUGAAAGGAAGAUUCUUGAUAGUCAAGAGAGAGCAUUCUGGGACGUCCACAGGCCUGUGCCUGGAUGUGUAAAUACCACAGAAGUGGACAUUAAGAAGUCAUCCCGAAUGAGAAACCCACACAAAACACGCAAGUCAGUCUAUGGUUUACAAAAUGACAUCCGAAGCCACAGUCCCACCCACACACCUACACCAGAAACCAAGCCUCCUACAGAAGACGAGCUGCACCAACAGAUAAAAUACUGGCAAAUACAGUUAGACAGACAUCGAUUAAAAAUGUCAAAAGUUGCUGAUAGUCUACUAAGCUAUACGGAACAGUAUGUAGAGUAUGACCCGUUUCUUGUGCCACCUGACCCUUCCAACCCCUGGCUGUCGGAUGAUACGACUUUCUGGGAACUUGAAGCAAGCAAAGAACCAAGUCAACAGAGAGUAAAACGAUGGGGUUUUGGCAUGGAUGAGGCAUUGAAAGACCCAGUUGGGAGAGAGCAGUUCCUGAAGUUUCUAGAAUCAGAAUUCAGCUCAGAGAAUUUAAGGUUCUGGCUGGCGGUGGAGGACCUGAAGAAAAGGCCUAUCCGAGAAGUACCCUCUCGGGUGCAGGAAAUAUGGCAAGAAUUUCUGGCUCCUGGGGCCCCCAGUGCCAUUAACUUGGAUUCUAAGAGUUAUGAUAAAACCACACAGAAUGUGAAGGAACCAGGACGAUACACAUUUGAAGAUGCUCAGGAGCACAUUUACAAGCUGAUGAAGAGCGACUCAUACCCCCGCUUUAUAAGAUCUAGUGCCUACCAGGAACUUCUACAGGCAAAGAGAAAGGGCAGAAACCUCCCUAUUUUCCCAUGCCAUAAAAACUGUACACCAACACUGAGGGCCAGCACUAACCUGUUAUGAAAAGAGGUAGAACAAUCUUGGUUUCUACUCGAGUUUUGUCUGCAUCAUCUGUGGAGUCGUGUGGUUAGCUCCAUGCUGCUCUUUGUGUGUGUACGUGUGUGUGCUGUGGCUUUUGUUGUGAUGGUCAACUUAAGUGGAGUUAUGUGUGCUGAGAUAUAAGCAACCUGAAUUCAACAAACUCAAUGUUUGUUUUCAGUUUCCUUCAAGGGUUCACCACCAUGGGAAAUGCUAGUCCACUCUACAUCUGGUAGGACUGCACAAAGCAUUUGAAAGACUUUAAACAGCUACCUAGACUUUGAAAGGUCAAUGUGAUUGCAUCAAUUAAGAGGGAAGAGCAAGAAAAAUUUCAAAAAUUAAUCACAUUACACACUUCACAAAGCUUUGGCUAUCUUUAUUGGAAUCUCUGUUCUUAACAUAGGGUUUCCUUUUAAAAAUGUCUGAGAAGUCACAAUGGAGAAAGACAAUGACAAACUAUCGCCCUAAGAUUUUUACUGGGAAAAGAAGCCACAAUAUAUCAUCAGGUACUCUGUGUACCACUAAAGAAUUAUUUAAAGUUAAUCUUUUUCUAAUGUAAUGUGGAAGGAAUAUUGUUUCUCUUUAUUGUAGUGGAAGUUUCUGUGACAGAAUUUAAAAUACUAAUGUGACUUGGGAGAGAUGGAAGAGAGAAGUAAAUUUUUUUUCCUCCAACUCCAACCCAUAUCUGACCCACUUUCACACUUCUAAAAUAGUACUGCAUGGUCCAUACUGGGCACCUUAAGAAAAAAACUAAUAAGAAACAAGGGGAAGCUGGGCUUGAUCAGCUCUUCCUUCCAAAAUUUAUACAGUUGCCCACUUAGUUGCAAACACAUUGCUUUAUCUUGGGAAUCUGUACAAGGAAUAGAGUUUAGCCAAAAGUGCCUUGUGGUAUAAAUGCCAAUGUGUGAGGAGAAAGAUGAACACCUAGUAUUUGGUGCUAAGGAGAAAGAGAAGGCUAUGUGUGUGCAGUUGUAGGAUUCUCAGAAGGAAUGGCAUUUAACUGUUUAACUAGUUAAAUAGGACUUCACUAGCCAAGAUGGGCCAAACCUUCUUUAAAAGGGAGAAGGAAGUCAGAAAGGCUAAAGAAAAGGUGAAAUUCUCUCUCUCCCCUCUGCCUCUCUCUCUGUCUUACACACAUAUACACACACACACACAGAGUUACAUAUAAAACAUACUAAUUACUUUCAGAAAGCCCUCAGAUAGCAUUAGUUCUUUUCCAUCUGAGAAAAUAAAACACAACAUUUUUAUCGUUUGGAUGUUUAUAAAUAUUAUGUUUGGUGUCACUGUGAAGAAAUCAUUAAGGAAAUUAAAGAUCUCACAAUGAAUCCAGGGUGAGUUUAGGCCCAGUGGCUGUAUUGGGGGAUCACAAAAGUUGACAUGCUAAGUUUUAGUAGAGACCAUUAUAGGAUCAAUAAAAUAAUUUCAACACAAGUAAAAAUAAGAGGUGUGAUUAUAAGACAUAUAGGGACAUAUUAGAGGAAAGGUCAAGUUUGCAUAAGCAUUUCAAUGGAGCCCUAGAUGAAGGUGGCUGUGGUAGAGCAGGAAGGUUACAUGAAGGACAGUGUGCACAGCAGAGUGGAACAGAGAAAACACACACCAAUAGGUCUCACUGUGAACCUGGGGAAAUGAGAUGACAACACCCAUUACUGAUUACUUGCUAUGCAACAAGCUCUAUAUCAAGAAUGUUGUGUUAUGUAAAUUAAUCUGACCCUAAAAGGUGGGAGUUAUAGUGCAUAUUCAUUCACCCAUUUUAUAGGUGAAAAAUAAUUGGGGGAUGCAUCUUCAAAGAAUAUAAUUUUCCCAGAAUCACACAGCGAGGGAGCUGGCUGUGACCAAAACCUUAUUUCCUAUUUGCCAUCAAGUCACAGCCGCCUCUCCAACCCGGACCACUUCAGGUCAAUGCUGAUUUUAGGGAGUUCAGUUUCUGUGUUUCCAAAUAGCACAUUUGUAACCUGGGUGAUAAGAACAGAAUCACGUUUUUUUUUUUUUUUUUUCUCAGCCCAGAGUCAGUGUUUUUGUAGCCAGAAUUUACCAAAGCCAAGGGAACAUUCAUUAGUCCUCUGACCUACCAAUCACCACCUCCUUGCCCCCACCCACGAAGUACAUUAGAGGACCUUCGUAACAGCAGAGUUGCAUGGUAGCUUCAGUGUUCCCAGGACAUCUCUUCUCCAUUAUAUGUUUGUUUGUUGUCUGUAUGCUCAACAAUCCCAGGAUGCUUUGGGGCUGGUGGUACCUUUCUUUCUCGGUAAGGCCACUUCCCAGCAUCACUGAUGGCUGAGUGUUAUAGCCAGGGUUGAAAGCAGAAUGUGCUUACUGAAACUUACUACUCUCUACAAACUGCCUUUGUUCUUUCCCCUAAGCCCCAAACAGGUGAUAUGAGUAUAAUUCACAUUUGUGCAAUGUCUUCGCACUGGCUUGUCUCAAGGGAAAAAUAAAACAACCUAAUUAUCAGUGACACACACUUUUGUUUCUCUAUUUCUCUUACUUAGCAUUAGAGAAAUUUCAUUAAGGUCCGUCUUUCCACGGCCACUGUGUCCUUUCAUGCCCUCAAGUGUCAUUCAUACUAAGUUGGCUUCGUUCUCCUCUCCUAUGGAGCCUGUGUUUUACUGAGUGUGAAAAUGGUUUCCUUCCUCUUUCACCAUCAAGUGCAUCACCGUUUCUCCAUCUUUUUAACUGCCACAAUGCCUAUUUACCACAGGAACCUCACAGAAGAACAGAUAGGACAUAAGGUGCAAACAGUGCAUGAGGAUUGAUCAGCCAUGCCAUCUGUCAAGGUUCAUAAAUCAAAUACUGAUGACUCAUCUCUCCCUUGAUUGUGUGAAGAGGAAAUUGAAUCAGCUUGGCUUUGAGUUAGGAAAGUAGGAACUGGAGAAAUGAGUACUAGGGGAUGCUAUGAUGAGUUCCCAGGAAUUCAGUAAGCAAACUUCUUUUUGCAGAAGAGUCUUGUUCUGUUCCAGUGAAUACAGUUAUCUUUAGAGCCUUUCAAAGAAUCAGUAGAAAAGCUAGAAAGGUCCACUGAGGCACACUGUGCCCUCUUUCUGGCCUACUUGUACUAAGUUGAAGCAUCAAGCUUUGUCAUCACCUUCUGGAUAAUUAUUGCCAGAACUGAUUUGUAUUCUUUGAUUUUAGUGUUAGGGCCUCAAACAUACUGAUUAAUACUAUACCACUGAGAUAACCACCCAGUUCCCACUUUAUGAAAGUUUUCACAAGUGCCUAGGUUGGCUGGGAAAGGAGUAGGUCUUUCUGAACAAAUCUUCACUAACAGAGUAACUUAGUAGUUUAAGUCCUGAUAGGACAAAAUACAAACACCGAACAUUAAACAAUGAGAAACAUUCAAAACUUAAUUACUCUUAAAAUAUUCUUUUUUACUUAAGCAAAUAAAUUUGUUUUCUUUGUCGGUUUUUACACAGGGAUUCCCUUCAUAGCUCAAGGUUACCCUGAACUCUCUGCGAUCUUGCCUUUAUCUCCUGAGUGAUAGAGUAUCAGUGGUUCACCACCACACUCAGUUGCAAUGAAACUAUUUAGUUUUAUGGAGAAUCUUCGUUUAGUGAUGAAAUGUUCUUUAGCCCUAGAGUUCACCAGGCUUAUUUACAGUCCAGCAUAAAGUCUAUUUCUGUAUCUUAUCCUGUGAGUUUUAGCAAUCAUUUCAACUGCUCGACUCCAGCUUCCCCAACUAUAUAUCUCACUACCCCAGAUCAGUUCUUCCCUUAUUUGGUCAUAGCUAUUAAACACAUCAAAAUAUGGUGGAUAUCCUUCAACUUAGUUAUGGAUUUUCUUCUCUUAAUAUACGCACUUAAAAACUGAACUCGUUGUUUAAUUGUAGUAUAACUGUAUAAGGACUCACUCACUCCUUGUUCUUUUUUUCCCAACUUUAUUUAUUUGAAUUAGAGACAGGAUUGUUUUACAUGACAAUCCCAGUUCCCUUCUCCCACCCGUCCUCCCCUACCAGCCCCCCAACUAAAACCUUACCUGUCACAUAUCUUUUCUGCUCCCCCUGGAUGGUAAGGCCUUCCAUAGGGUGUCAUCAGAUCUCAUUUUAUCCUAACACAGGAUGUCACAUGAGUGAUAGAAAAAGGCCAUUCUGGAUGGCAGGAAUAGACUUCUUAUUUUCCUGUUUUCCAAAGCCAACUGUGGCUGAGCAGCAGGAAGUCCUCUAAAGUACUUGGAAAGAAAUAUGGAGUCUUACCAUUACAAAUACUAGACCAGAAAACUGACCUGGGGAUCCAGCAUCCACUUCUGUGUUACACUCAUCCUGUUUCUGUAUGGACUCUUAUACUAGUCUUUAGACCAUUUGUCAAUAUGUAUUGAGUCUCUGUUGUAUGGUAGGCCAUGUGCUACUCCUAUGUACUUUUUGAAAGAUAGCUGGUUAGACUGGGAUGUAGCUUUGUGACAGGGCUUUUGCUUGGCAUAUGUCAGGUUCUGGGUGCCAUACUCAGCACCACAAAAACACUUGUUCAAAUAUAGAUUAUCUCAUGUAUCCUUUCUUUCCCUUGUCAUGAUAUUAUAUUCUACCACAAAGAAGCAGAGACAAAACUGUGAACAUUCAGAGAGGUUAUCUUAUAGAUUGUAGGUCUAGCAAGGAAGUUUCAGCUACAUUCAUGAAGCCUAUCAUAUCUUUAAUAAACAUAAACAUCAUCUUAAUUAAGCAGGCUGUUUCACAUGAACACGCUCACAGCAUGCAGACAGACUAGAACGGAGAGACCAAAAAGCUUUAUGUUUCUUGUCUAUGCCCCUGUACAUGAACUGCAAAGGUUUGUGCACUUUUUUUUUAACUCUGGCUAAUGUGCUAUGGCUUUUGCUGCUCAGGAUUGCAGGUACAUUAAUGUGGAAAACUGUUAGAAAUCCCUAUGACACCUCGUGUGAAAAACACUUAUGAACUGGUGAUUGGAUCUCUCCAGCAAACAGAAGGCAAACCUACUCAAGAAUGAACUACUGUCUCCUCUUCCUUCUUUUAUGGAUCUUAAACCCAUCUCUUUCAUCAUUGUGUUGGCAGAUAUGGCUAUCCAUCUUGUUUUACUGUAACUGGUUGUGGCAAUACCUUGCCUGAGAAAAUGAUUUCAGUCUCCCUGCAGCAUAAUAUAAAUCCAUUGGUGAAAGGUUUCUGAACCAUGUAGCCUAAUUUAGUUUCGAAGGGGUAACUUUACUCUCCCCUGACAGCAUCAUUAGUUCAGAAAUUGUCACUCAAGGUUGUACAAGCUAUGAAUUAGGUAUGGUGAAGGUUUGGCUACCAUGUACCCACUACACCACUGAGGGCUCCAAGGAAACACAGGUGUGGCUGCUGAGCAAUGUCCAAGUUGCUCUACAGGUGCCAGGAGCAGAAUCUACCAGAAUUUUCUAAGUUCUGUUGAGCUUGAAGCCCUGUUUUUGUGCUGCUGAUUGGGAGGCCUCAGAGAAGACCAUCAGAGAGGCUUCUGAGAUAAAUGUACAGAUCAGUGGUAGCAUGCAUCCGGCCACUCCUGGGUUCUUUUCUCUAACAAACAGUAGUUAUCCCGCCCCUGUGCUGGGUAGGUGCUUUGCUCUCUGAUUGAGAACACAUAGGUAAUAAGACAUAGUGCCUGCUCUGAGUAAAUUUAUAAUUUGUGAGAAGGCAGAGAUGAUUCAGAUUGUGAUCAUGGGAUAUGGCUAGCAUGCAUAUCUAAAUUGACUCUCUCUUCCUAUGGAAGUUGAUUGCCUAGUGAACAGAACAAGGCUCCCGCUGGCUUCCUUGUAAGUGAGUCACUAUGCAUUAUCCAGGAGCCCAAGGAAAACAGGGGAAAGAAGGACUGGAGACUGAGGAAAAGGCCUGCAAGAUCAAAACUAAAAGGAGGCUUGAAGACUCAACAGAAUCAGGCCAGGGCAAGUAUGGAGGCUUCCAGUGGGAGCACAGGAGAAGACAAUCAAGGAGCCAGACUAUGUUCUGAGAUCUCUUGGGCUGCAAAUGGUGGCAAUGGAGAUGCUACAGAGCAGGGGACCCUUCUCUAGGAUCAGUGGCUACUGUUCCAACAUACAUUAGGUGAUCAUUAGUAGAACAUGACUGUUCAAGUAAGAGAAGGAGAGGAGGAAGAAAAUUUGGAACACUGACAUGUUUACUGCAACAUUUAAAAGCCACAUUUACUGGAAAUUCAGAUUAAACUUCAAACUGUCUCAUUUAGGAUUCAUAAUGUGAUAAAGCAGUCAAUAGUAUUUUUCAUUGUCACUGUUUUUAUUUGGAGAUUCUUAAGCUUAAAUUGUGACUCUGGUAUGUCUCAAGUUUCAUAUCAUCUUACACACAUGCUCUAAAUUGUCACUGAAUGAGAAGAAAGACCCGAGAAUGUUUGUGUGUCCCUAAGUAGUUAGCAUCACAGCAACUGGCAACAUGCUUUGUAGAUGAUCAACUCAGCCUCAGUCUAAAAUAUGUCAUUAAGCAAAGUGGCAUGCAACAGGAUUAAAUUCAGGAAACCUCAUCAGUGUUCUAAGGACAAUGGGUGUGCAUAUUCUCUUCUAAGUGUGUUUCAUGUAGCUGGGAAAAGUGUGAAUAGAACUUAAGUAGAUGAAGAUAAGACUCCGUGUGACACCAAAUUUCAUUGCCACUAAUAGUAGAGUUAGCUUCCAAUUAUGCCUUCUUAUGUGACUACUUACUUGACAGUUCUCUUUCAACCAAGUCUCCUAUUUCUCAUUUUCUUUCAUCCAUUCUAAAACCACACAUGGGGUCAUAUAUGUUCCUCGACACUCCCUAUGAAACAUUUUUCAGAGAAGAGAAAGGCACUUUGAUGCUGAUGGAACACUGUGAAAGUAAUUUUUAACAUUCACAUCAUUUGUGCUCAUUCUUGGAGACCAUUUGCAAUAGCAAGACAAGAGACUUUUUUGUACAACUUGCAAGCCUUCCUGUGCUUGGAAGUAUUAUGAGUGCAUCUGUAGCCAUCCCACUGUGGUUUCCAUAUCCCCUGGCAGACCACACAAAGCAGCCUGGAUUGGGCAAGAUAGGCUAUGUGCAUACAGACUCACGUUUUUUACUGCUGCACCGCUUUGUUUGCCAGGGGUCAUGGUCUAAGUAACAUGGAGAAUAUUAGACGAUCCCUCAUUCAAUCAUUAUCCCUGUGACUUAAACUAGUGAGAAGCAAACAAUAAAACAGGCUAUGGCAAUUACUGUACCUUUAAAGUACAACCCAUCAACGGUUAUAUUGUUUCUUGGACUCCUUGUGACACCAAAUGUUCAGCUGUUAUUUGUUUUGUUUCUCCAAGCCACACAGACGACUUUGAUAUUAAAGAUCUUUUUAACUUUUAUCUUGUUCAUGAACAACACGCACACAAAUGCACAAGACAUUGCUCAGUUAUUACAAAAGGGAGCAAUAACCACCCAUGAACAAGUAAUAUACAUAUUACUGUCUAAUAAGAGCAUGCUACUAAUACCAGAAAUAAAAUAAAAGUCACUGGGAAAUCUUUCUCUUUUCUAGUUUUAAAUUACAAAUCUACAAGUUGGUUUGAGAAGAUACUAAAAAAGAUGGUGGUAUGAUCCUCUCAGAAGGGCAAAGGAAUUUAGCAGAACCUGUUCAUCCAGGGCAGUCCCAAGGGUCUUCUUCUCUGGGCUCACUGUGUUUGCUGGCCCCUGACUUCCAGAAACAUGGUACAUUUAGGUGGCAGAGGCAUCAAAUGCAUCUCUAAGAGAUCUCCCCCUUGUUUCCAAGAGCAUCCACUCUUCUGUGGUCUCCAAGUAUCACCUCUACUUCUGUUUCCUGUAACUGAGCAGAGCAAUGCAAACCCCUUGUCUAGGUGACCACAGUGGUAUCACUUAAUGCCAUACUAUAUGUCAGCUCUUCCCAAGUGUUCUUGCUGUUU